AUGCCUUCGCUCGCCUGGCUUUCGCAGACUGCUACGGCAGAUCCUGCCGAGGCAGCCUCGCGCCCAACGAUUGGGUCCUCUCCGUUCCUGCGCGAUCGCCUUCUUUCUCCCUUCAACCGGAGCGACCUUGCGACGUAUCAGCGAAUGUGGGACGAUGUUCUUGCGAAUGCCGAAGCGCACACGCCGCAGCACGUACUCGACGACCUCCUCACCCUCGUUCCCCGAAUCGCAUCUUGCUGGGCCAAGACCGUAACUCUCCCGCUCGAGGGAGAGCGCGAGAACGACGAGGCGCGGCAACGACGGCUACGCUUGACGUACGCAAGGCUGAAGCGGGAUGAGACCGUGGCGGAGGCGGACAGUGAGGAAGUACGGCAGAGAAGGGAGCCCGUCAACCCGCCCCCUCCGUCCCUCAUGCCUCGACACGACCUCCUCCUGCCCUACUUCCUCGCCGCCGCCGCCCUCGCGCAGAAAAAGCGCAAGUACUUGGUGCAGCGGGCUCCUUGGGUCAGAGGAGAACGAGCGAAAGGGAAGGGUGUAGCCGUGGAGGAGCUGCUGGUGAAGAAUCGGACGGUCCAGCGGCAGGCAGAUCAGGCGGGUCAAGCAAGCCCGUUCGUCCCGCUGAAUCGGCACCUUGUUGCCAAUAUCCCGCCGCUCUGGCAGCGAUAG